GUCAAGGGCUCUCUGAAUGCAGCGGCUGCUGCAGGAGACCCUUUAUAUUUUUAUUGUGCUGUAUCUCCACUCAUUGGCCUGGAGGCAUAUAGAAGUCAUCCUCAUUGCAGAGGAACAAUAAUACAACUACUACUCAUUUUUAGCUUGGAGCGAACCUAACCCAUCUACCUUUCGUUUACCGGUAUUACUUGGGGUCGAGAAUUGCCGACAACGCGACGACAGCGUCUUCACGCCAUGUCACUGCACUUUUUACGAUACUCUAUCUUACUGAUUUUAUUCUCUUAUGCUAGGGGACAAAGCUGUCCAACAGCCCCUGUCGUCUACCAUUCCACGCUAGACGAGAUAUGCAGCAAGGAGCCAGCCCGCUCAGCCAUUGGCUGCGGCAUGAAUAGGAUAUGCAACAGCAAAACCAACGUCUACCCGGCCGCAUGCAGCACAUGGAAAAUAGCGAGCAGCUUGUGCAAUGAUGAUACCUCAAUUGUGGUAUCUUACUCGAGCUUCUGUGCGCAGCUGCAGUCGUCCUACAGCAGUGCCGCUCAGUUCCAGAGCUGCAUGCAGCCAUACACCUUCAAGAACACCCUCACCGUAAAGGCCAACCACCUGGAAGCAUGCGGCUGGAUGGAAGGGAUGCCCAUGGGAGGCUGCGACACCUGCACCCGUGUCGCCUGCCCUGAUCCCCUAUAUGCCUACAGUCAGGGCUGCAUCGACAUGGACAUGGGCCAGUGCAGCGACUGGCUCAAGUUCUGUCGCUACGGUGACGGCGCUCCCAACGGCCAGGGCGCUGUUGUGUUGUGUCUUGGCAACCGCACGAGCACCGUGGCGCCUCCAUGGCCCCCCUCACCACCUCCCAACCCUGUGAAGGCCAGCCCCAGUCCUCCUCUACAGCCGCCUCCACCGCAACCUCCAUCCCCAAGGCCUCCUCCACCUCCCAUUGUUCUUCCUCUCUGCGUGACCAACUCCUCGCUGCCUGAAUGCGUGUGGUACGAGUACCCAGCUGCCAGCAUUGCUGCGGAUCUGGUUUCUCUUUGCAUGGAUAUGCCGUACAUGCCCGGCUGCACCGUCAUGUUCGCAUGCCAGGCCGGCGACAUCACCGGCGACUUCUGCCAGCCCUUUACCUUACUAAGCAGCAUCUGCGCCGACAUGCCAAGCAUGCGGGGCUGCAAGGCCUACCGAACCCUGUGCGCCAACACCUCGGUCGUCGACCAAUGCAAACUGUACCCAGCCAUCCCUGGGCUCCCCACCACCAAGCUGUCCGCAACGGCCAUCGCCACGCUUUGCAGCGGCAGCAUGGCCAGCACCAUGACGAUCUGCGGUACCUGCUCGCAGAUUUCGUGCCCUGAUUAUUUGGGAGGGAUUGUGGGCCUGUGCUCAGGCAUGCCAUCCAUGAAGGGCUGCGGCAUCUACACCUCAUGGUGCAACGCCUCAGCAGCUUGGCAGCAGGCUGGAAACGGCAACCUUGGCAGCUACUGCCCAGCCUUAAAUUCACCACCUCCCAGUCCGUCACCUCCCCUGCCACCUCCCAGCCCGCCUCCUCCGGCCCACCUGUGCGUGACCAACUCCUCGCUGCCCCGCUGUGCAUCGUACGAGUACCCGGCUGUCAGCAUUGCGGCGGAUCUGAUUUCGCUGUGCAACGAUAUGCCGUACAUGCCCGGCUGCACCGUCAUGUCCGCAUGCCAGAGUGGUACUGUUACCGGCGACUUCUGCCGCCCCUUCACCCUGUUGAGCAGCAUCUGCUAUGACAUGCCGGGCAUGAGCGGCUGCAAGUCCUACCGCACCCUCUGCGCUGCCAACUCGGUCGUGCCGCAGUGCACCCAGUUCCCAGCCAUCCCAGGCCUUCCCACCACCAAGCAGGCUAAGGCUGCCGUCACCUCCAUUUGCGCCAACGUCUCGGGCCCCGAGUGCAGCACCUGCUCAACGAUCUCCUGUUCGGACUACCUGGCACUCAUCUCCGGCGCCUGCCCUCGCGCUCCCAGUGCCACCGGCUGCGAGCUCUUCACCUCCUGGUGCAACGCCUCGGCUGCUUGGGAGCAACCCGCCAGCAGCAACAGCAGCAGCAGCAUUAGCGUGUACUGCAAGGGAAGCCUGCCGUACCUCACCUCGCCGCCGCCGCCACCCUCGCCGCCUUCUCCAACACCUUUACCUCCUCCUCUCCGUGUGUCUUCCUCACCGCCACCCAAGUCGACAAAGCCUCCUCCGAAAUCACCCUCACCGCCACCUCCCAAGCCAAAGUCACCUCCGCCGCCGAAACCAAAGUCGCCGCCACCUCCCAAGCCAAAGUCACCUCCGCCGCCAAAGCCAAAGUCGCCGCCACCUCCCAAGCCAACAUCGCCUCCUCCGCCAAAGCCAAAGUCACCGCCGCCACCUAAGACCAAUCGCCCACCGCCGCAGCCUUAAGCACUAAGAAAUACCCCAUGGCGUAAAGGGGUGUUAACGCGUGACGCCGGCAAGAGCCGGCCGUUCCCAGGCUCCCCGUUUAGCAGGUCUCGCUAGUUGCUUGGCUCCGGUUCCCCUUACCUAGAAUGCCAUAACUGUGCACUGCCCUUCUUCGCACAUAUGAAGUUUUUGCGCACAGGUUUUUAUACGUGCCAGCAAGCUAGGACGGGCCUAUGCUCAGCACUGAAGUAAAGCAAUGUCGGAACUGCCGUGUAUCGCCUACAUGAGGUGUCAACUGGUACCGAUAUGCACCACUGGGACAUCGCAGCAGACUGUGAAUUCGUAGAUAAGGGGCCGCUCGGCAGUCUAGUUCAUAUCCUGUGUCGACGGAUAUAAUAAUAAUAAUGGAGGGGACCUUGUGAGUUGAUGUUUUGGCGUGUUGCGUGCUGUUUGUUGUCGCUCUCGGCUGGAGCCGCCGUUCGUUCGGGAGCAGGUGAUAGAACUGUGCGGAUUGGAGUCGUACAGCAGUGGUUAGAUCGGAGUGUACGAAAGAGUCCGUAUCGUACAUACGUCUUGUACUGCGUGGGCUGUAUCCAUCUGGGGCCGUAUUCAUCAACCGUCAGCUUAUCUUUGCCCCACAGCUGUUGGGCGUUUAAAUUCUAUCUGGGAGCAGGGUUGCCUUCGGUUGCCAGCAGGGUCCCUUACACAGCGAACUUAGCGCUGUUUAGGUGGUGUUCAUCUUUUGCGUUGUGCGGACUAGCUGUCCAUGCCCCAACCUAUCUACCAAUCAUACCGCUCACGGGAAGAAGUGUAGGGGUUCACUGGCUCGGAAGACAUUUCUGCUGGAAUUGCGCCAAGUUGUUUUGCGGGAUGUGUAAGGCAAGGCAUCAUCAUGUGAUCUUUGCAAGCAUGGCGAGCGGGGCACUACCUGAUUUUGUUGGAGCCGCAAUGGGGGCUACGUUUCACGCAUGCCGGAAUGAGGCAAGCCGGCAAUGGCCGCCGAAACUUUGGAUUUCUAACCAAUCUUCAUCUAGCUGCCCGCCAUUGCGGGGCGAACGCUACCGUUGUAUGCCGUACAGCGAGUAAGCUGGCGGAUGUCCCACGCUGCAUGCUGGUUGUCCCUGUAACAUCGUCCUCUUGCGCUGCGGCGUUUCGGCAAGUGCCGGGGGCUGAAUGACUUUGCCGAUAUGCCGUCGGAUUCAGAACUGGUAGCAUGUAGUUCGAACCCUAUGGUGCAGUUUAUGCUGGUGUUCUGAUGCCCUUACCUUGCCAUCGCAAUUUGUAACAUUCACGGU